GAUGAAAAAGGUUCUACGACAACAUCCUGUUCGUACAAUCACCGAACUGAGACAAAAGCUUCAAGAAAUAUGGGAUUGUUUUACACCAAAUUUUUGCCAUUGAAUUUCAGCCCCAAUAAAAAAUAAAGGUGAUGUUACCCAAUGGUAAUCUUUCAAUUGUUGCUUUGUUAACUUCGCGCAAUUAUUCGCACAUUGUUUAUUUGUUC